CGUCUUCAACAGCGACAAAGGGCUUCUGAUUCACCCACCGCGGUGGUUUGCUAGCGAACGUAAAACAUUGUUGUGUGUAUAUUACUCUUGGUGUUUAGAACAUAAUUAUGUUUACGUAUCUACUGGUUCAUUUAAACGUGAUUUGCUUGUUAAAUGAGCAAAUGUGUUACAUUGAUACGGCACGAGGCUAAUCGCUCGGAACAUGAGCUCACUAAGCUCGACGGAGAAAGAAGCUCUGAUGAAAGGAGAGGAAGAAGCUUUCAGGAUGAAAAGGGAGGAAGAGGAGGCUAUCACAUUGAAAGAAGAAGAUAUUACAGUUAAAGAGGAAGAUGGGAAAGAGGCUGUCAGAGUGGAAGAAGAGGAGGUAGAAGCUUUCAGAAUCAAAAAGGAGGAAGAUGUCGUAACAUUGAAAGAAGAGAAUGUAGUGAAAGAAGAGGAAGAACCUUUUGGAGUAAAAGAGGAAGAGGAGGAUAUCUCAAUAAAACAGGAGGAGACUGAAGUUCCGAUUUCCACCAGAGAGAGACAUGACUAUCCUGGAUCCUCUGGGGAGCCUCAACAACAUCCUGAUGAUGACGAGGCAGAGAAGAGUCUCUCCAGAUCAGAACACCAGAUGGACAAAGCUAGCCCUUCCUCCCUCCCGGAGUCCCCAUGUCGUGCCUCUCCCGGUAGCACCUUACUGCUGGGUAUGAAGAGGUUGUCUGUGCUGCUGGUGGACUGCAGGAAAACAACGGAGCUGACUGGAACUGUGAGAGGAGGAGAAGAGAAGAAAGGAUCAGAUUUGACACAUCAAAGAGGAAAACCAAACUCUGCGGAACCAGGGACUUCCAAACCAGAAAGAGAGCACCUCUGCUCCCAGAUUGGAAAGAGUAUUACCAAAUUAGGAAGCCUGAAAAGACAUGAGAGGACACAACCAGGAGAGAAGCCACACAAUUGCGCACAGUGUGGAAAGAGUUUUAACCAGUUAGGAAAGCUGAAAGUUCAUGAGCGAAUACACACAGGGGAGAAGCUUUUCCAUUGCGCCGAGUGUGGAAAGAGUUUUAACAAGUUAGGAAACAUGAAAUCUCAUGAGCGAAUACACACAGGAGAGAAGCCUUACCACUGCUCCCAGUGUGGAACUAGGUUUACCAAGUUAGGAAGCCUGAACAGACAUCAGAGGACACACACAGGGUCGAAGCCACACCAUUGCUCCCAGUGUGGAAAGAGUUUUAACCAGUUAGGAAACAUGAGAUCUCAUGAGCGAAUACACACAGGGGAGAAGCCUUUCCAUUGCUCCCAGUGUGGAAAGAGUUUUAGCCAGUUAGGAAGCAUGAAAGCUCAUGAGCGAAUCCACACAGGGGAGAAACCUUACCACUGUUCCCAGUGUGGAAAGCGUUUUAACCGGUUAGGAAAGCUGAAAGAACACAUGAGACUGCACACAGGGGAGAAGCCUUACAAAUGCUCAGACUGUGGGAAGACAUAUUACUCAUCACAGUCACUUAAAAGUCAUCUGAAACAACACGAGAAAAUACACACAGGGGAGAAGCCUUACCACUGCUCCCAGUGUGGAAAGAGUUUUAACCAGAAAGGACACCUGAUCCAACAUGAGAGAAUACACACAGGGAAGAAGCCUUACGACUGCUCCCAGUGUGGAAAGGGUUUUAACCAGAAAAGCUACCUGAAAAAACACGAGAGAAUACACACAGAGGAGAGGCCUUACCACUGCUCCCAGUGUGGAAAGAGUUUUACCUACUUGUGUAAUCUGAAAACACAUGAGAGAAUACACACAGGAGAAAAGCUGUACUGCUGCUGCCAGUGUGGAAGGAGUUUUACCCACUUACGUAACCUGAAAACACAUGAGAGAAUACACACAGGGGAGAAGCCUUACCAUUGCUCCCAGUGUGGAAAGAAUUUUGCCCACUUAAAUAACCUGAAAACACAUGAGCAAGUACACACAGGUGAUAAGCCUUACUGCUGCUCCCAGUGUGGAAAGAGUUUUAACCAGAAAAGCUACCUGAAAAAACACGAGAGAGUACACACAGGAGAAAAGCCUUACCACUGCUCCCAGUGUGGGAAGGGUUGUAACCAGUUAGGUGACCUGAAACGACAUGAGAGAAUACACACAGGAGAAAAGCUGUACCACUGCUCCCAGUGUGGAAAGGCUUGUAACCACCUAGGUGACCUGAAACGACAUGAAAGAAUACACACAGGAGAAAAUCUGUACUAUUGCUCCCAGUGUGGAAAGUGUUGUAACCACUUAGGUGACCUGAAACGACAUGAGAGAAUACACGCAGCAGAAAAGCUGUACCACUGCUCCCAGUGUGGAAAGAGUUUUACCCACUUACGUAACCUGAAAACACACGAGAUAAUACAUACAGGGGAGAAGCCUUACCACUGCUCUCAGUGUGGAAAACGUUUUAUCCACUUAUGUAACCUGAAAACACAUGCACAAUUACACACAGGGGAGAAGCCUUACCACUGCUCCCAGUGUGGAAAGAGUUUUAAUCAGAAAAGCUACCUUAAAAAACACGAGAGGUCACACACAGUAGAGAAGCCUUAUCACUGCUCUCAGUGUGGAAAGGGUUGUAACCAGUUAGGGGACCUGAAACGACAUGAGAGAAUACACACAGGAGAGAAAUCUUACCACUGCUCCCAGUGUGGAAAGGGUUUUAACCAGUUAGGGGACCUGAAACGGCAUGAGAGAAUACACACAGGAGAGAAGGCUUAUCGCUGCUCCCAGUGUGGAAGGGGUUUUAACCAGUUAGGGGACCUGAAACGGCAUGAGAGAAUACACACAGCAGAAAAGCUGUACCACUGCUCCCAGUGUGGAAAGAGUUUUACCCAGUUAUUGAACUUGAAAACACAUGAGAGAACACACACAGGGGAGAAGCCUUACCACUCCUCCCAGUGUGGAAAUUGUUUUGAUCAGUUAGGUAACAUGAGAACACAUGAGAUAAAACACACAGGAGAUCAGGAUGUAGGCUACUGAACAGUAGGAAAGAGGACAGAUUUAGGCUGCUGAACAGUAGGACAAAUAUAUGCCUCUGAACAGUGGGACAUCGGAGAGGUGCAAGCCUGAUACGUGGUGGAGAGGCUGCAGAGACUCGGGGAAUUUGUGUUAGGUAUUGACUUUCCAGUGUUUUCUCUACUGCAUGUAUUUUUAUGUAAAUAAACUUAUCUCAGACUGA